ACCGCCGCCCACUGAACGUUCCAUCGUUUUUCGUACGUAGCGACCUCUGUCCUCAGUCGAAUGUUGCGCGCCGGCUUCCAACACCGAGCCACAACCCCGCUUCUGUAGACAUGGUACUCGUCCGUCUACGACAUACAACUGGCUGCGCGUUGGGACUAAUAUCUCUCAUUGGAAAGUGUUCUGGCGACACCGGCACGGAUCAGAGUGGUCCUUCACGGGAACUUACAACUCUGAGAGUUUGUGUUGCUAUGCCCACCGAUGACUACAGAGGGAUUCUGCCCAUGGCGGUGUCGCUAGCAGAACGCGACGUAACAUGUCCCACAAGCCCUUCAUACCAUCUGCAAUCCUAGCUUUCCGCGAUUCCAGGAGGCCUGGUCGUGCGCCCUGCGAACUGACACAUUGAAGGCCAUUUCAGAAG